CACAAACUUUGAUGAGCUGUAACCUCAGUCGAGGCGACAAUCAAAAACCUGGAUAAUACGUUUUAAAAUUAAGAUCGCUCAGAGGGCGCGUGCGCUGGUUCAAUUGGAUCAAGGUGUCAAAAUGGAAAGCAUUCCAGUUGAAAUAUACAAAGAAGAUAACAGCAAGUGCCUCUCCACGAUGCUGGACGACUGCGCAGUGAAUUCUUCAGGCUGGCUGUCCGGAUACUCUGAGAACCGCAAUCUGACCCACGAUGACAGCUGGGAGCAGGAGGGCAUGUCUCCCAUCAUUCCCAUCAUCACUGCAGUCUACUCUGUGGUGUUUGUGGUGGGCUUACUGGGCAACUGCCUCGUCAUGUAUGUCAUCAUCAGGUACACAAAGAUGAAGACAGCCACAAACAUUUACAUUUUCAACCUAGCGCUCGCCGAUGCCCUUGUCACCACCACGAUGCCCUUCCAGAGCACUGACUACCUGCUGAACACUUGGCCCUUCGGCGAAGUGGUGUGCAAGGUCUUCAUCUCCAUCGACUACUACAACAUGUUCACCAGUAUCUUCACUCUCACCAUGAUGAGCGUGGAUCGAUACGUGGCCGUGUGCCAUCCGGUGAAAGCUCUGGACUUCCGCACUCCCAUCAAAGCAAAGAUGAUCAACGUGUGCAUCUGGAUCCUGUCCUCGGCUGCUGGGAUUCCUGCUUUUGUCCUGGGUGGCACCCAAACCAAGAGCGAAAUAACCGAGUGUGCCUUACAGUUCCCAGAGCCGUACGUGUACUGGGACACGCUGAUGAAGAUAUGUGUUUUUGUCUUUGCCUUCGUCGUGCCUGUCCUUAUCAUCACUGUGUGCUACUCCCUCAUGGUCCUGAGGCUGAAAAGCGUCAGAAUGUUGUCCGGCUCGAGAGAAAAGGACCGUAACCUGCGUCGGAUCACGCGGCUGGUGGUAGUCGUGGUGGCCGUGUUCGUCGUCUGCUGGACGCCCAUUCACAUCUUCAUCCUGGUGAAGGCGCUAGUGAGCGUGCCUGAAACCACCGCCAUCAUGGCCGCUUACUUCUUCUGCGUGGCUCUGGGGUACACAAACAGCAGUCUCAACCCCGUUCUCUACGCCUUUCUGGACGAGAACUUCAAACGCUGCUUCAAAGAUUUCUGCCUCUCAGCCAAACUGAAGAGUGACAAGAUGUCAGGGAGCAAGAAGGCAUCGGGCAGCGUGCGGGAAAACGCCAUGCCCCUGGAGAACCACGAUGGGACUAGUAAGCCCACAUGA